AUGUCUUCAUCAAUUGACUUCACCGCAUCAUUAACAUCUAUACAAACAAAUUUAUAUCGUAUUGGUGGUCCAAUUAUAAUAAUUAUAGGAACGACAAGUUCUAUAAUUAGUUUAACUGUAUUUUGUAAAAAGGUUCUACGUAAAAAUCCUUGUUCAGUUUAUUUUGUAGCAUUUAAUGUUAUUAAUUUUCUCUAUGUUUACGCAUCGAUAUUGCCAACAUCACUUUCAUUAGGAUAUGCGCUUCAUUUUGUCACAGAAAAUCUCCCGAUUCGUCGGUUACUUAUCUAUACUACAUUUCUAUUUGAUUGCCUUAGCCCAUUUUAUUUAAUAAUGGCAUCAGUUGAUCGAAUUUUAAUUACUUCAUCAAAUGGUUCUGUACGACAACGAAGUACUUGUCGUCUUGCUUAUAAAUGUAUCCUAGGAGGAGCUUUAUUCUGGAUGUUAUUUCAGAGUCAUGCAUUAGUUUGGACAAAUAUUUUACAAGUUGAAUCGAAUUACUUAUAUUGUUAUUUUUCACCGGGUAUAUAUUUUACAUUCAUAGCCUAUUAUUCACUUAUUAUCAAAGGAAUCUUGGCACCUUUAUUAAUGGCAUCUUUCGGAUUGUGGACAAUAAAAAAUAUUCGAAAUAUACGUCGUAUAAGAGUUAAUCCUCAUUUAAUCAUACCGAGAGUUCGGACAACAAAUACUACGACGACUUUACUUAACUCAAAAGAUCGUCAACUUGUACUUAUAUUACUUGUGAAUAUCAUUAUUUAUAUCGUAUUUAGUUUUAUGUUAACAGCCGUAGCGAUGUACGAACAAAUUACACAAAAUGAUACGAAAUAUUUUGAACAGAUACAAAUUGACUUAUUUGCAAGAAAUGUUGCGAUCUUCAGCACUUAUAUACCAUUUUGUGUUAAUUCCUAUAUAGAUUUAUUCGUGUCAAACACAUUUCGAAAUGAAGUCAAACAUAUAAUUUCAUGUAAAUGA